CAAAUUGGGACUUCGAGUUUUGAGAAAAUUGGAAAUUCGUUGCCAUAAUCUUCGCCUUAAAGUAAGUGAAUCCUGAUCUAAUUAAAAACUCCAGCACCAGUCUCAUUUGCCAUCAAACAAGGAAAUUAAAUUCAAUUCAAUUCCCCUCCUACCGCCGACUGCUGCCCAUACCCUACGAGAUUUCUGCAAUUUUUUCAGAGUUUGUCCGAAUCCAACAUCUGUUCUUCCUUAACCUUUUCCCCUCAGAUUCUCUUAUUUCUGGAUUUCCCAAAAACAUAGAUUUUUUAAUCCCAUUUUUCUAAAAAUAAAUUCUUUUCUUAUGUUUUUCUGCAUUGUUUCCACCCUUUAUAAGUCUGUUUUUGCCGCGCCUCCGGUUCUCUGUUCCUCCCAAUCGCUUCUCUUUCUUCAAAUUCUGAUACCCAGAUUUUUUUCGCUGUAAAUUUCAUUGCCCAGUUGAGAAAAUCGUUUCUUUUGAUUAGGGUUUUCUUUUUUCCUAAUUUUGGUAGGUGGGAUUUGGGAAGGAUCAUAUUAUUGCCAAUGGGAGGUUUGCGUCGCCGGUGGAAUAUGAAGGUUCGUCAUGUUAAACAGGCAGAGUAGUCAAAUUUGUUGUGAGCUAAACAGAGGUUUCAUGGCUUGCUUAAACGGUUCUGAUCAUCGCUUUCUCAAGCAAUUCCACGCUUUGCCGCAGUCGCAGUCCGCCGCCGGCUGCCACCUAUGUUUCAAAGUUCUCGGCGUAAUUAAUUGUGCCGACAAUCGCAAUGGCGCCGUUAAGGGUAACCGAGUUGCUGGGUUAACGUUGACUUUGAAGGGUUGUUUCGACGAUUCCCGCAGGGCCUGCGAACGUAGACCCCGCGCAUUUCUUCCUCAAUUGGAGGGUAACUUGGAGAUUGUUAGCCCUACUGAAGCGGUAAAGGAUGCUAAAUUGUUGGCUAAUACUCGGUACACCUGCGGAGGAGGAGGCCCUCCUGGGUUCCUUGACCGUUCAGACAAAAUAGUGGUUGCUGUUGAUGUCGACGAAGGUUUGCUCCCUUCCACUCCAUUUUGGGUUAAAGAUGUCUGCUUGAUAUGGCAAAAAACAAAAAUGAUGUCUGCUUGAUUGUUUGUUCGAAAUGUCUUCUAGAAGUGCUGAGGGAUGGUUUAGUUUGUUUUUACUUGGUUAAUGUUUGUGUUACCAGGUGACAAAGUAAGCAACUCAGUGUAUAAGUCUGCUACCGAGUUGCAAACUGGUGUUAUCUACUUUGUGAUAUGUUUGCUUGAUGAUUAUGUAGUGGUUAGAGGAUUGUACUUAACUUUUAUGUUGACGUGGGAAGCAAUUGAUUAAUGGUAUUCCUCCAUAUCAGUUUUAGUUAGGUUCUUCUUUUGUCUGAUGCAUUUAUGUGUUUUUCCCCUGCUUGAUUGUAUGCAGUUCUGGGGAACUUUGUGUCAGCCUUAAACAGAUUUAUUGCAGAUCGUUAUUCAUUAAACCACUCAGUCUCAGAGUACCACGUCUAUGAGUUCUUCAAGAUAUGGAACUGCUCUCGUGGUGAAGGUAUUGCCAUAUCUAUUUAUUCCUUUGGAGUUAAUUUGUCAGGUCUUGUGUAAAAAGGCUUUCAUUAUUAAAACCAUUGAAUAAAGUGUGUGCGUGUGUUCUGAUGAUAACAAGGUUUCUUUUGGUUUCUGUGACUACAUAAAAAUUUUCAAGUGUAUGUGGAGUGAAGUCUUUACAGUUUUGUAUUCCCAUUGUAAAUAAGUAGAUUAAAAAUUGAUUAAGAUUGGUAUUUACCAGAAGUAUUGUUAGGAAAAUUAUUUAUUGAUUUACAUUGGCAAAUGAAUGCAAGGAAACUAG